GUCUCUGGAAAUGUAGCAUAUAAUACAGAUUUUUUUUUAACCUGAAAAAAAUAUACAGACAUAACGGACACGAUCUGUACACACCCAUCUGAAUGAACUAGUGCUGUUCCAACAGGCUCCUUCCACAGCCCCGCGGUAGCUCGCCGUGAUCGUAUAGUGGUUAGUACUCUGCGUUGUGGCCGCAGCAACCCCGGUUCGAAUCCGGGUCACGGCAGAUCCUCUCCGCGGUGGAGAAUCUUUUAAUACUAUUGAAAACUGUGCCUUUUCAGUAAUACCGUGACAUUAUUUUCUGCAAUGUUUAUACAAACAAAGCUGCUAUAUUCUGUGCGUUGUUUACCCAGAUUCUGGAGGUAUGUCACUACAGAGAUGGGUGUAACUCAGUGGCGCACCAAAGUAAACUUUUGAUCUAUUUGUACUUUUCUGAAAUGGUCAUUCUACCACUUUUAAUACUUGUAAUUUUCUAUUUAAGUGAGAAAAGUACCAAUUUUCUCCCAUCACCUUUUUCAUAAUUGAGUUGCUUUUCUGUGUUUAAAUUCCUCCUGUUCUGUUAGCGGCCGCAUCUGUACUGCUUUGCUUUGACUUCAGGUGUAUUGUUUAUUUUAGACAAGAGAGUAUAUCAAAAAGAGAAGUAUAUUUCCUCACAAACCAAAGUUUCUACUUUGGUAGAUGCUGGGUGUGCUUAAGAAGUGGACACAGCAGGGAUGUUAUUUUUACAGCAUGUUUGAUUUCACUUUUUUUUAUAAAUCAGAUGUUGUUUAAUUUAUUAUCGAUUAUCAAUUACCACUUAUAUAAUAAUAGUUAAAUAAUAGCUUAAGACUACACUAAGAAAAUGUCAAGUAAUGUCAUCUCAGAAUUAUGUGCUUACACGAAUAAAUGACUGUCUCCUGUCUCUCUGAGCACCCUUCCAAUGAACCUAAUGGAAAUUCAUCACAAAAAAAUCAUCUUUAUUUUAUUAUUUUCAACUUGCAGCUCGAAUGACGUAAUGGACAUAUGAUGUCAUGUCCUGCCAUGGCCCGUGUUGACGCCAGGCGCUUUCAUGAAGGCAAAUAAAGACCAAACAUACAGAAAUGCAACGUUCAUGGGAUUUUUUAAAAUACAGGUCUCAACAAUAAUAUUUUUUGGCGUUCUUAUAAUACAUACUGUAUAAAUAUUUAUAUACUUGACGGUUUCGUGUCAUUUAGAAAAACAUUUUUUUUCUAAUGCCAAUACAAAAUGUGAAGAUAUUCAAAACCGUUUUCUUGCAUAAGCUUUUAUUUUGAAAUCUACUAACAGCAAUCUGGUCGUUAGGCUUCGUUCUUUGGCGUUUUUUUCUGUCAAAGCUGCAGAGAAGAGAGGAGUCGUGUUCAGUCAAAACUGCUGUUUGGCCACGUUUCCACUUCAUUUUUGUGGAUGAAGGCAAAGGAUUCCUGAGCGAGGUCUUCACAGUGGACUACCCACCAUGUCGGCCGAGGAGGAGAGGGGGGUAGUUCGUGUCAAAGUCAAGAAAUGUGAGGGAAUGCUGCCAGUGGAGUUUCGCUCCUUUGCAGUUGAUCCCCAGAUAACAUCACUGGAGGUGUUGCAGCAUAUCCUCAUACGAGCCUUUGAGCUCAAUGGAAGGCGUAAUUUUGGUAUUAGUUACUUAUCCCGUGAUCGUGGAGGUGUGGAGGUCUACCUCUCCCUCCUGUCUGACUGGGACUUAGACGCAGCAUUUGUCAGCGCAGCUAAGCCUUACCUCCAACUUAAGAUGGACAUCAAGCCCUCAGAAGACAGUCCAGUGCUUGAGGACUGGGACAUUAUCAGUCCGAAGGAUGUGAUCGGCUCUGAUCAACUACAGGGGGAGAAGAGAUCGCUGGCGUCCACUGCUCUUCCCUUCACCCAGUCACUGCUGUCCCAGGUUACUGAUCCUGUCAGCCAGCUGUUUUACCAGCCAGUCUCUGCUGCGUUCAGUCAGAUGGGUAGGACUCUAUCUAGGGUGCAGCAGGCCUUGAGCUGGUCUUAUGGCGAGGAGGUUAAACCAUUCAAACCUCCUCUAAAUGAUACAGAGUUCCACAGCUACCUGAACAGCCAGGGACAACUAACACGACCAGAGGAGCUACGACUACGCAUCUAUCAUGGCGGGGUUGACCCAUCCCUGCGCAAGGUAGUGUGGCGGUACCUUUUAAAUGUGUACCCAGAUGGUCUGACAGGACAGGAGAGGAUGGACUACAUGAAGAGGAAGACAAGAGAAUAUGACCAGCUGAAACGUGAGUGGACAGCCAGGGUCAGCCCAGAGGAUUUGGAGUUCAUUAGAGGCAAUGUGCUAAAGGAUGUGCUCCGAACAGACCGAGCCCAUCCUUAUUAUGCUGGCUCGGAGGACAGCCCCCAUCUGACUGCCCUGACAGACCUCCUAACAACCUUUGCUAUCACACAUCCACAGGUGUCUUAUUGUCAAGGCAUGAGUGAUAUUGCCUCUCCAAUCCUUGCUGUCAUGGACAAUGAAGCGCACGCUUUCAUCUGCUUCUGUGGAAUCAUGAAGCGUCUAGAAGGCAACUUUCGCCCUGAUGGGGAGCUCAUGUCCAUAAAGUUCCAGCACCUCAAGUUGCUUUUACAAUAUUCAGACCCUGACUUUUAUGCCUAUCUGGUCUCCAAAGGUGCAGAUGACCUAUUCUUUUGUUACCGCUGGCUGCUUCUUGAGCUGAAGCGGGAGUUUGCCUUUGACGAUGCCCUGAGGAUGCUGGAGGUGACCUGGAGUUCUUUGCCUCCAGACCCACCUGAGACUGAAGUUGAGCUUCUUGGCCCACCGCUUGAAACGGACCAGCCUCCUAGUCUUGACAAUGGUCGCCAAAGCUCUGACAACGAUGAGCUGGAGAAAGAUCACACAGAAAGGCAACGGAGACGCCACAUGCUGAGGCCAUCUCGGGAAGAGGCAGACGGAGGACGCAAUCUCAGUUUGGAGGUAGAGAGGAAAGAGGAGAAGGCAUCUAAUAUGGAAGGCGAAGAGGAGUACAGUGUCCCGACUGUGGGCAAGUGUGAUGCCCCUGCACCUCCAUUUGAGAAGCAGUCCAGUUUUGGAGAGUUCAAGUACUACAGUGCCCGGAAUGAGGACAGUUUUGAGAUGAAUGAAAACGACCCAUCUGAUCCCACGUUAUCUCCAGCCGAGUUUCACUCCACACAUUCAACGUUGCCUCUCACUGUCCGUCAGUCUACAGAGGACAGUGAGGAUGAUCCAGGAGAGAGGCAGCCUUUAAUAAGCAGUACUGACAAACUUUCAUCUCCUGAGAUGGAAGAAAGAAGCUCUCCCAAUGGCCAGAUGGCCUCCCCUCUCCCUCCAUGUAUAGCCAACUGGAGAAAUGGCUCCUCUCAGUCUUCUGCAACAUCUCCUUCAAUGUCCAGCUGGAGAACGGCAUCUCCUGAUGUCCCAGCAUCAAAAACUUCUUCUUCUCCCGAUAAAGCAUUAGGGAGAUUGGCAUCCACAGCUGCUGUAUCUAAUGGAACUGGAGCACACUCCCCAUCAACCCCCACAGGCAAGUCAGGCGUUUCCUCUCCAUCGCUUGGCUACAAUCGCUCCCUGCUCUCCUCCCCUGUUUUGUCCUUUGGCAAAUCCCAAACUUUACCUAAACCGUUCUCCAGCAAUCUUCCAUCACCAUGCAAACCUCCAGGUACUGGGAUGAACUCGCCGAAUACAGGCAAAUCAGAGGCUGCUGGUGUCAAACCCUGUUCCCUUCCUCCUCCUCAAGAGUUUGGGAAGGGAAAUCCUUUCAUGUUGUUCCUGUGCCUCUCCAUCUUGUUGGAGCACCGUGACCACAUCAUUAAAAACAGCUUGGAUUACAACGAGCUGGCAAUGCAUUUCGAUCGCUUGGUUCGUCGGCACAACCUUGGACGUAUUCUUCAGCGUGCCAAGGCCUUAUUUGCUGACUAUCUGCAGAGUGAGGUGUGGGACUCGGAGGAAGGGGAUGAGGUCAGCUUGGACUCCCCCACCACAGCUGCAACCUCACCACACACUCCCACCAGGCCCACCUUUUCCAACCUGCAGCCAGCGAUGGCCACAUCCCCAAACUCUACCUACAACUUGGCCACCACAAUCCCCUCUCCUACAACCCCCACUGCCUACUCUCCCUCAUCCUGAUUCAUUUCAGUGUCAUCUCCAGCAGCCAUCUCCACCAUGCAAACAGAUGCAGGUGAAAACAAAGGCGAGCCGUAGCCUACUUUAGUGCUUUUCAUAUGCUUUAAUGUUUUUGUUUAUGUGGCAAACCAAAGCUGAGUAAGCGCUUCUUUCUCUAGCCUCUCCCUUGGUGUGCGAUUUUCCUCACAGUAUUUUUGUUCUGUAUCUUAUUGCCUUUAAGGUUUUUUUGUACACUUAUGCGUGCGAUUCAUUGUACUGUAUGUAAUUUACUUUAUCUUGCACUUUAUCUUUUGUCCCUUAGAGGGCAGGGCCAGUUUCUUUUGUCGCAUUAUAUUAUGUAAAUAAAAGCUCCGAAAAGAGUACAAGAAGAACAGCUGUAGAAACUUUUAAUAGCAAAAAACAAUGCUGGACAUACUCCAACAAAGCAACAAAAAUGGGCUGCUAUGUGGGUAAUAUGAGUCUCCUUGAGUGCCCUGCUCCAUUAAUCCUCACUUUUGCGUUGUUUGCAAUGUUUACUCAAGACCCCAGUGAG